CACAAAAACGUUACCCGCGUUUUUCAAUUCCACUCUCUCACUCUCACUCUCACUCCUCCCAAAUCCCCAAUCCAAUUCCCAAUUCCAUAAAAAAAUCAAAUCCCCAGAAUUCAAACCCAAAUUCCCUCCCUCCAAAUCUCUUGUACUAUCAUAUAUGGCAGCACUUUCUGCUACUGCCACUCCUAUUCUUACUACCAACACUUCAAUUCCUCCUUCGUGGAUCCCCGAAGACGACCUCUUGUUAAAAAACGCUAUCGAGGCAGGUGCAUCGUUGGAAGCCCUAGCGAAAGGAGCUGUGAGAUUUUCGAGGAAAUUUAGUGUGCGUGAAUUGAGGGAUCGGUGGCAUUCUUUGCUGUAUGAUAAUGAGGUAUCCACCGAAGCAUCUAGUAGAAUGGUAGAGUUAGAACUUUCUAAUUUUUCUUACACAAAAGUAAGUAGUAGUAGUAAUGGCAACAGUAAAUUUGGUUUUGUUGUGAAAGAAAGUGAUCCUGUUAAGAGAAAAUUCGAAUGUGUUAGGCAAUUGUAUUAUGCAAUGAGGAAGAAAAUGCGGAAGCGUGGUGGUGGUUUUGGUUUUCUUGGUUCGCUGGAUGGCGGUGGUUGUGAAGGGAAUGGUGGGUUUGGAGAGGAUGAUCGAGUGCAUUUUGGAUUUUCUGGGGAGGAUGAAGGUGGGGUGGGGGAUGUGCGUUUCGAGAGGGAAAAUGUGAGAAAGGAUGUGCAGGAUAUUGGAGAUGGGUUGGUUGAGUUACGAGAUUCUGAGAGAGGUGAGGAAGCUGGGCCAUGUGGUGUGCCGGAAAGAGAUGUUUUGAUUCAGGCGGAGUCGUCUCUGGUGACAAGGGUGCCGUUGUGGAAAACGAUGGAAGAUGUUUCUGCGCCUGAAAUGCCAGUUAGUGCGAGUGUUGAAGGUAAAGGUAAUAGUGGAGAGGGAAUGUUGGUAGACAAUGAUGUUGUCGAUGGGAAUAAAGUAAGUUUGGCAGGAGUGGAUGUCAACCAUUCAGGAGUAACUUUCCAAGAGGAACCUACUGUUGAUGCACUUGAUAGGUCAACUGCAAUUUCAGAAUCUGAUUUUCCAGAUAUUUCAGACUCGCUCUUGAACUUUCCUAAUGAGGAUGCACCACUUUUUAUGGAUGUUGAUGGGAAAGAUGCGAUAGAUAAAUCUUGUUACGAUAGUGUCACUACACUUUUGGUGAGUUCUCCUAUUGAUGUUCAGGGUGACGUGCCUAAUGUUAAAGCUCCAGAGAUAUUAGCAUCAGAUACAAGCCUUGGAAUUCCUGAUAGUGCAUGCCCUGCAGAGUUAGAGGUUAUUCCAGAGGAGUCGUAUUCUGUUGGUGGCAAUCAGGAUAGUAAUUUUGUGUUAGAAAUGAGUGCGCCAUCAUCUACAUCAGCAUCAAAUAUUUUGUCUGCUGAAGAAAAUGAUGGAGAGAUGGAGUGCGUUCUAAACAUGGAAGACUUUGAGAUCCCAUGCAAUGAUGAUGUAUUCCUAGCUAAAACAUUUUCUUCUCCCAAAAUAGAGCAAACUUCUAAGAAGACUCCCUACCUGCCUUCCUCGAGUGUUAAUCAAAAGGAUUGCAAACAAGAGCUAAUCUUGCUGAAGAAAGAGGAAAAUCCUGCUCAAUGUCUUACUUCUCCACGGAUGGUUGGGCAGGCUAUGUUGCCAGUAUCCAGUCCAAGGCACCAACAUGUUCUUUAUGGAGCCAAAUGUGACUCUCCUGCUUUGAUGUCUAGAUCAGUUAUCACAACCCAUGCAGACCCAAUUCAGUGCAGAGAGGCCCCGGGAACUCCUACUCCUUCUACAGUUGGACUACUAAAGUCAGCGACAUUACAUGAAAAUUUAAAUUUCCCUGUAAAAGCUGUUUCAGUACCCUCAACAUCAAAUCAGGAAGAAACUGGUAGUGAUGAUGAUGUUCCCUGCUUUUCAGACAUUGAAGCCAUGAUACUUGAAAUGGAUCUAUGCCCGGAUGAUUCAGAUUCAUUUAUUAAUCAUGAGGUCUCAAGGUAUCAGAAUGAAGAUGCUACGAGGACAAUUAUAAGGUUGGAACAGUGUGCUCGAUCUUCUAUGCAAAGAGCCCUUGCAUCUCAAGGAGCACUUGCUAUCUUGUAUGGGCGCCAUUUGAAGCAUUAUAUAAAGGACACCAAGGUUAUGCUCGGCAGAGCAACAGAUGAUAUGGAUGUCGAUAUUGACUUGAAAAGAGAAGGGCCUGCCAACAAAAUAUCAAGACGGCAGGCACUCAUAACGAUGGAAGGAGAUGGUUCUUUCUUUUUAAAAAAUCUUGGUAGGAUUCCGAUAUUUUUGAACGGCAAAGAACUCAUGACUGGACAGAGUAUGGGUCUGAGGUCAAGUAGUUUGAUUGAGAUAAGGGAAAUGGCAUUUGUGUUUGAAGUGAAUAACAAAUCUGUGAGGCAGCAUCUCGCGAAUGUCACCAAAAACCACAAAGAAAACAAUUUCAAAUUUGAAUGGUCAGAACAAGGGAAUAACCACCGAGAAACUGAUAUCAAGUUUGAAUGGUCUGAAGGGGUUCCGUGACUAGAGAAAUGUCAUCAGCAGGUUCGUUUCUACUUUUUAAGCUUCCUAGGGCAGGGAAAAAAGUUUCAUAGUAUUGUACCCAAAUUUCUUGCUAGCAUUUGUAUUGUCCAUGUAUAGACAAUGUUAUGCGGUACAAAUAAUUUAUAGAUAAUCCAUGUUAUGUAUAUGAAUAAUAGUGGAACCCAAAGGUGAGAAAUUAGAAUAGCUGAAUAGAAGUCAUAGCUGGCAAGAACUGUUUUUUCUAUCGUUCCCUUUUGGAUGAAGAAGGUGCCAAUUCAAUGCUGAAUUGCUGAUGCCAA